CAAGAAUCGUUUUUGAAUUAUUGUACGCUUCUUUUGGAUCUGGUCCUUGUACUGCUCUUGCAGUCUCGGAGCCAACCUAUCCAACUAUCGAUAUCCUAGGCUUUUCAGUGGCCAUUGCGCUAUUCCAAGCCGUUGAGCCACAUAGCAACGGGUGGGUAGGGUGGUCCGAUAGAGCCAGCCUUUUACCAAGGCGAUAG